UCAGACAGCAAGAACACAAGCUGCUGAAAGUGAAGAGGAGCCUGAAGACACAAGAGGAGGAAAGGAGUUAAAUACGACCAGAUGACGGAGAAGCGCUCACAUCCAUCUCAGCAUCUGUCCGUCCUCCUGCGCCUCUGAUUUAGAGAAACAUCCUCGGGACUCAUUUGGAAAAGAUGACAGCGAAGAUCGUCUUCGUCCUGCUCCUGCUGCCGCUCCUCAGCGUGGACGGGGGCAAGAAGAGCAUCGCAAAAUUCACCAAGAAACACAUCAAUCCGGCCAUGAAAGCUGACCAGUGCACCGAUGUGAUCGCGGGGAGGCUGAUCAACAACAAGAACAACUGCAGGGAGAUAAACACCUUCAUCCUGGCCGAGAUUGACAAAGUGAAGACCAUCUGUCAGCAAGGCAACGGCGUGGUGGAGAGCGACAGGGUGUUUAACGUCCUUGUCUGUUGCCGGAAAGGUAAAAAGUCCACCCCUCCCUGCAGCUACGGCGGGUAUGAAACCAAGCACCGUAUCAAGGUGGAAUGUAAAAACGGCAACCCCCUCCACUACGAUGACGUGGAUCAGUGCCCUGAUGAAUUUGAUGACUGAUCUAUGAAUCUUUGAAUAAAGAGCAC